GUGCAAUUGUGGAUUAAGUUAUUAAAUUUUAGCUAUUAAAGUGAAUCCUGUUUUGUGUUAAAUUACCAAUAUAUCCAUAUAAUGGUAUCGCAAAUUCAAUCAUUUUACAAAAAUAAAAAUGUUUUUAUAACCGGUGGAAGUGGAUUUUUGGGAAGAGUUAUCAUUGAAAAGCUCCUACGCUCAACUGAAGUCAACCGAAUCUAUGUGUUAUUAAGGCCCAAAAAAGGCGUGAGUAUUAAGGAUCGAAUCGCGUCAUGGAGUACAGAUCCGGUAUUUUCCGAACUGCUGAAGUCAAAGCCCAAGUACUCAGAUCAAAUAGUGGCCAUAGAAGGAGAUUGUGGUUUUCCAGACCUGGGAAUCAGUGUGGAAGAUCGAAAACUGUUGGUAGGUCAGGUGCAGAUCGUGCUUCACUGUGCUGCCACUGUAAGAUUCGAUGAGCCCCUCAAUGUGGCACUGGACAUCAACACCCGUGGGACGCUCCUUGUGGUGCAACUUGCCAAAGAGAUGCGUCGCCUGGAGGCAAUUGUUCACGUGUCCACGGCCUUCUCGAAUUGCGUGCUCCCUCAUAUUAAGGAGGUCUACUAUCCGGAUAAUUUAAGCUGCACUUUUGACAAGAUUCUUGCACUGCGAGAAAUGCUGAGCAAUGAUCUCAUUGACAACAUGAGUCCGGUUCUUCUUGGACAGUUUCCCAAUACAUAUACCUUCACCAAGGCAUUGGCUGAGCAGGUGGUGCAGAAGGAAGCGAGUGGUUUACCGGCGUGUAUAUUUCGACCAGGCAUGAUUCUUGGAACAUUUAGGGAGCCCAUUCCUGGAUGGAUUGACAAUCUCUAUGGACCCUUAUCUAUAUUACUCGGUUGCGCAGUUGGAGUUCUGCGCGUCAUGAUCGUUGAUGUAUAUACCCAAGCAAAUGUCGGACCAGUUGACUAUUGUGCCAAUAUGGUUUUGUCAACUGCGUGGAAAACAGCUUUGGAAAAUGUUCAGCGUAAAGAAAAACUCUCUGACAAAUUGCCGUUAAGGGAUCCGAUCAUUUAUAACUAUGCUGUCAGCGAAAAGAAUCCCGUAAAAUGGAGUAAAUUUUAUAAAACAGUUGAGGAUGAAAGAUAUACUUUGGCACUUGAACAGAUGAUAUGGUAUCCCUUUCUACAUACUUGCACCAAACUUUGGGCCUUUGAGCUGGCGACCCUGGUUUAUCACAUUCUGCCAGGACACUUCAUCGAUAUGGUUUUACGCCUAAGACGUCAAAAGCCAAGAAUGGUCAAGAUGUAUGAUAAAAUACACAAGCACAUUAAAACAGUAUAUUGGUUUACAGUUCGCCACUGGACGUUUGAUAUGAGCAAUACGGAUCAACUUAUACAAUGUUUUUCGAUGGAGGAUCGUAAACUUUUUGAGUGUGACAUGAAUAGUCUCAAUUGGAAUGAAUACUUUAAAGUGGCACUAUUUGGAGCUCGAGAAUAUAUUGCAAAUGAAAAGCCGACUGAAGAAUCCUUCCGAAAAGCGCAAAUAAUAAUGAAACGAUUCCGAAUUUAUCAUCGUAUUCUGCAAACUGUUGUUUGCAUCUUAGUUGCUGCUUUGAUCUGGUUUUUGCUACGCGUAAUUGUUGGUUAAUUCUAUUAGGAAAAGUAAUUGUAUCUAUGAUAAAUAGUUGUACAACUACAAUUUAAUAUUGAAAUUAAUAAAAACUUGCUUCGGUUCAAAAUA